UCGAGUACACUAGUAACUUGAGUCUAAGUUGUGUGUUUUGACUUCAAACAAACCAAUCACGUAUGUACUACGAAGAACGAGAAAUUUAAAUGGACUGUUCGUAGCUAUGGAGCUGCUAGUAAUGAUCACAAUUAUUGAAGCAUAGACAGCUAGAUUAGGUUUUCAAUUAUUUCGGUUUUCUUCUGCCUCUUCACUGCGAACUGACAGAGAUGACAAGCUUCUGUCGGAACACUCGUUCCAAACGAAGACUGUGAUCAGCGCUGCGUGCCGGCUCGGCUAAAAGUUAGUAGCAACAGAAUUAAUUUCCAUUCGUAGCCUACAUAGAGUCUAAGUUACUGUGUGAAUCAACGACCAGUGAACUAGAAAGUUCAUGAAAAAUUUCGUAGUAAAAGUUCAGGAUUGUUCGUGGAAAAAGCAGACUUGAAUGCGACACGCUGUCGUCUACUGAAUAAUACAUGCAAAUAAAGACAUAUACCUCUAUGCAUAAUUAGUAAGAUAAAACAGGUGAACGUCUUUGAAUUAUCUUCUACCACAAUGGAUACAUCUGUCGACUUGAACAACGGGACAUACGUUACGUCACCGGCUUUAUCAUCGGCAGCAGAAAGUAGAGAGCCGGCGGGAACAGACGGCUUCGUAUCACCAGCUUCGUCGACAGUUUUGUCAGCAGUUGUCUCGGGUUUGCCAUCAGCAAUGAAGUCAAUGACUCCAGCUCCGAUGACACUAUCGCUAUCGGCAGGUAUUGACCCAGCGCUUGAUAUUAACGGCGAAACAAGUGCACUGACGGCGCUUCGAGUUAAUCCUGCCACCAGUAAUAUGGCGGCAACAACUAGUUCAGUAACUGUUCGCUCCAUAACAUCGCGCCUCGUGUCGAUGGCAUCAAUAACGUCGACAACGAUUCCGCGAAACAGAAGAACAAUAUGGGAAGUAAGUCCAGCUAGUGAUACUUUUUCUACAAAUUCCUCAACUGCAGUUACUGUAGCAGGUCUAGUCAAUAACCCUACAAAAACGCUAGCCACGUCCAUAAAAAGCUUACGGUCAUUAAGCUCGGCCGUUACCGAUUCAUCGUCCAGUCUACUUACGGUGGCGGGAAAUGCCGCUGCUGCGGCCUCAUCCACGGUGUUCAGCGAUGCGGUACCUCCGAUCUUUAUAGAAGAGACAGGUGUCACCUCUGGCUUAAAUGGUAAUUUAAGUACGCUGGCGGCCAACGUAAGCCGAACUGUUGCUGCCCUGGCGACGCAGACUCGACUUAUAUAUGAUGAGCUGUUUGUAUUUCUGAGCGAGGAAGAGUGUCUACACCAUAGGAAUAUUGACCCAAAUACCGAUAGCCAAGCCCACUGUCCGGUCUCGUGGGAUGGGGCGUUCUGCUGGAAUUCUGCACCGUCCGGAUUUGUCGUCGCCCGUUCGUGCCGGAGUUUACUUGAAACACAGGUUGGAUAUAAGCCGGUGGACGCAACGCUACAACAGACGCCGAGCGACAAUAUACCGCAACAAUUCGAAGAUCGGUAUGCCCUUCGGGGCUGUGGCUUUAAUGGCCAAUGGGAUCACCAAACCAACUAUAACGCCUGUCUCGACCAUAUUCCAAAGGAGAUACCGUAUAGCCUGGUGCCGUUGGCAACCACAUACCUGAUAUUGAUAUUUUCUUUGAUCUCGGUCGUCUUUCUGAUGGCGUCGGCCUUCAUAUAUGUCUACUUCAGAACAUUGAAAUGCAGUCGUACAAAGGUACACCUUAAUCUGGUAACCUCUCUCAUUAUUCAGUCACUGGCGAUGAGUGCAAUAUCCGGUCCGCUGGUCGUCGAUCAGGCUCGAGCAAGUCAUGACGAUACUUCGAACAUCGAGUACAGUCACGUCAUAAAAAAGAAUCCCGUCCUCUGUAAAAUGGUUUUAUGUCUACAAAUGUACUCAUCAAUGUCCUCGAUAAACUGGAUGUUCAUCGAAGGUCUUCUACUCCACUCGAAGAUUACGACAUCAAUAUUCAGCAAAAGUGCCCCCUUUAAACUAUAUUAUACCAUUGGAUGGGGUGUUCCGGUUAUAUUUAUUGUACCGUGGGCAGUGGAGAUGGAGGCGACAAGUUCGCAUAGCCGCUGCUGGGAAGGAUACGCUUAUAACGACUGGACAUGGCUCUUGGUAGCGCCACGUCUUACCGCAGUUGCAAUUAAUUUCUGUUUUCUGAGCAACAUAGUACGAAUUUUAGUGUCACGGGUCAGGUCCGCUGAAAAUGAUCGUUUCAGAAAAGGUAUCAAGGCUACGCUACUACUCUUUCCACUCCUCGGGACGUCACACCUCCUGUUCUGUUUCAACCCGCAGGACUCGGACAAGAAACUCAAAGAUGCCUACAUGAUUACUAAUGGCAUUCUUAUGUCAACACAAGGAAUUCUCGUGUCUACCAUCUACUGCUUCAUGAAUUCCGAGGUGCAGAAGUCUGUGCGUAACGCUUACCUACGAGCGACAAUACGACGUAAUGCACAUCGACGUCGACAAACCCACCUAGAGAACUCGGCAAUGUUUGGCAGUCAACGAAUCCAACGUCGGACAAGCACCCAGCAGGGUUCGAGAUGCGGUGCUACCUUAAUGAAGGCUAUGGGUAAUGAGAAUAACACAGAUAGUAAUCCUCCUGCAAAUCAUAAGGGUCGCGGAGCCGAGUUGCUGCGGAUUUCGGACAGCUCGGUCCACGUUGUCAUCAUACCGGAAACGUCAUAGUAAAACUACGGACGGUGACGAAAGCGAUGAGAGCACUUAGUUAAUUAAUUGUGUACAAUGUAUCGAUAAAGCUAAUGCUUAUUGCCUUUGAACCACGUCGACAAUGCAUGAUACCUUUAAAUUAACAAAAAAAAAAAAAAAAAAAAAAAAUGCUUUCGUUUGCAAUGCGGCACAACAACACACCUCUUGUUGAACUGUUGCAAUAGCAAUAUUAUUUUACUUUUUUCAUUUCAUUCUACAGUCAUUUCUUGUCUUUGAUGCUCCAUCAGCGUUCACUAUAGUACAUAACCAAGACUUUAGACAAAGUACGUUACUAACAAUGUGUUGUCUGAAGCAGCUGGGGUUUAAUCUGCAAUUUUAGGUACGGACAAUGUGGUCAGAAAACGUUAAGGAACACCUAAAUAUUAGUAGUCCAUGCUAAAACAUGUAUUUCAACAUUUGGUAAGGAACAUGCAAAAUAAUCAGUAAUGAUACGCGAUGUCAGCUUACGAGCCACACAAUUAGGUGUUUGAGUGGUUAAGAUUCAAGUGGAAUCGUACAUGAGGCAUAUUCUAUAAUGUUACCCGUCGGAAUUCGUACAGAAGCAUACGGGUAUAUAUGGGAUACAAACCGACGUCUACGAUGAUGCAAUGGGGGCUGGAUUUAGUUUUUCCAUAGUCUAGCUUUGGAAAAAUUGAGCGAAUUCCAUGGCCGAGUGUUGCGCAUAAAACAAUGAUGAACGCAAGUACAUUCAAUUAUAUAUUUCAUUUAUAGUAUAAAUGUAUUGUAUUGUACAUAAUAGGAGAUACUUACACAGCACCGAUACGUAUACAAAUAAAGACAUAGAUGUGAAUAUACUUCUUGUACUUUACAUGUAGACUAUUGUUGAGAUCAAUCGACGGCUAUCGUACUGUAAGGAAACCAACGAACAUUCAUGGUUAACUCGAUUAGGAGAGAAAAAAAAUCACGAUCACGUAGAAAUAUUUACUUCUAGAGAGGAGAGCCACUUACGAAAGGCUUUCCCUUCGUAGACGCACUUACGUAUCGCAAAAAUGUACAAUUUUUUAAUUUUGACAAAUAGUAGCUACAUUUGACAAUGUAGCUACUACUGUUAGAGUGGGUCGCAUGCUGAAUGUGCGGCUUCGCCCUAGCUUAGUCGCGCGUGCCCCAUAGGUUUUGAACCGGAAAAGCAAAGUCUGCCAAUUCAAUUAGAUAGGGGCGCAUAUAUAGACCAGAGGUCCUCCUACAUUCCAUCCAUGUUAGUGUUGCUAGUAUACCUAGUUAGUUUUUCAGGACAGUACAAUUAUGCUCAAUUGGACGGUUUGUCUUCCGUACUUAUUUUUUUCGGGAUUACUUUUACUAUUUAUAUAGUCUGUACUCUUCAUUACAUUUCUACUAUCGAUGUACUCAUAACGAGUACAUCGAUAGUAGAAAAACUAUGAGAGAUAGCCGAUCUGCUCUUACUGUUUAUACACCUACGAACUGGUCUCUCACAUUCUGGAUUAUAAUUCAACUGCCUAAAGGUAUCGAACGUCAAUUAAUAAAACACAGUACAGUUAAUAACAAAAAAGCUAAGAGCUUUUUAAGAGCAGAAAUUGAGCAACUAGAAAAGAUCUACACUCGCUUUGGCUGACUUUUCUUCGUGAUCUUUGUCUUCACUUUUUUGCUAGCUAUUUAUUGGUGAAAAAAUAUAUUGGUCUUACGUAUUAGACGUGAAACUCAGCUAUAGAAUGUUGGCACACAUUUAUAUCAGACUAAGCUGUACAUGACUACGAAUCGAACCUAGCGUAAAUCUGUUGAUACAUCCAUGAAUAUUCGUUUCGAUAUCCCUGUUCACAGUUAUCUUGUACAACAUAAUCAUUUACUGAGGUCUAAACUCAUUACCUGGCUAUAUGUGGUGUACAAGUAUAAGAAGAUGGUAUAGUUUAUAGGAAACAAAACUCGUGGUUUAUGACCGGCCGACUCUCGAUGCUAAUAUACCACAAAAUGUUAUUCUGUAACUCAGUUAAGUAGCCAUGCCCAUUCAAGCAAGAAAAUAACCUUUGCUGAAAAAUAGUGACUUUUCCCUAGGAAAAGUUACUUCUACACGUAACUUGUAGUGACUGCACAACGAAAUGCGAAGAAAUUGUCUCGAUUUAAAAUAACGCGUAACAUAAUAACAGCAACCUUUAAUGAUCUGCGCUCGCAAUAAGCUGGUGUUGAAAAUAGUCAUAUAAAGGCAUCGUGUAGAUCUCUAAAAUGCAGCGCAUCAACGUCUUUAUCGCACUGAGGUUAACUCAAACAUCUUACGUAUAAUAGGUUUCUGUUCUCGUUGCGAUGCACCGAAAAUGGGCAGAUCAUUUCUGUUGUCCAGGUCUCGUUUUCAACUGUACAGAUCAGAAGUCGCUUGAAGAAUAUCGAGUACGCCUCGUCUUUUUUCGUUCCAGAUCCGAUUUUUUCUUCAUAACUUCACAUGCUGCAUAAAAGUUGUGCGUGUCUUUGUAACCAGGCAACUGUUGCAACGCUAACCUAUUAUGAAACACCAUAAUCUUGCCAGGCGCUAACAGAACGCGUCAUUCAUGUAGGAACGAUCAGAUUGGCUCACACCUAUUCAUUCAA